AGUUUGAUUUUUUUAUUUUUAUUUUUGAUAUUGUUAAAGUUCGAUCACUCUUCAUGCAUAACUGUUGUAGUUCUAUAAACUAUUUAAACUCCAAAGCUUCCAUCGCUUUAACUUCCAUGCAUAUCUCCUCAAUCUCCAUUCCAUAUCCAAAAAUGAUGUUGAAGAACCACAACUUCUUUUGAAUUUCUCGAUUCUGGUAUCCAAUACUGGCCCUGAAAUUUUGUUCUUGGCCAUAACAUCUGAAAUGGGUAGAACUCAAAUGUUUCAGUACCGGAUGCUUUUCUUCUUCUCUGUGCUUAGUUCUGUUCUUCUUGUCAUUCAUGGGGAUAACUCAACAGAGUCCUCAUGCCUCUUGAGAAUAAAAUCAUUGCUCGUUGAUCCGGCUGGAGUUCUAAGCAACUGGUCUCCAAAAGCCAACAUGUGCUCUUGGAAUGGACUGACAUGUUCAAUUGAUCAAACCCAUGUGUUGAGUCUCAACCUUUCUGGUUCAGGACUAUCAGGUCUUCUCUCUCCCGAAUUUUCUCUCUUCACUUCUCUUCAAAUCCUCGACUUGUCGAUGAAUUCCCUCUCUGGACCAAUCCCGCCUCAGUUCGGGCAGCUUCAAAGUCUCAAAGAGCUUCUGCUUUAUUCGAACUCUCUCUCCGGUAACGUCCCUCCGGAGAUUGGUCUUUUGAAGGGACUUCAAGUCCUUAGGAUAGGAGAUAACUCGUUAACUGGACAAGUUCCUCCACAUAUUGGAAACUUGACUGAGUUGAGAGUUCUGGGAAUGGCUUAUUGCCAACUCAAUGGAAGUAUUCCACUUGAAAUUGGCAAUUUGAACCAACUGAUAUCUCUUGAUUUGCAGAAGAACAGUCUCGGUGGCCUCAUUCCACAAGCGAUAAGCGGAUGCGUAGAGCUCCAAAAUUUUGCAGCUUCUAACAACAUGCUUGAAGGAGAAAUUCCUCCUUUGAUGGGUAAUCUCCAGAAGCUCCAAAUUCUGAACUUAGCCAAUAACAGCCUGUCCGGAGCAAUUCCAGCCAAGUUGGGGCUUCUCUCCAAUUUGAAGUACCUCAAUUUGCUUGGAAACAUAUUGAGUGGAGAAAUCCCUAUAGAGCUCAAUCAAUUGAGUCUGCUUGAGAGGCUGGACUUGUCAAGAAAUAAUCUCUCCGGCACGAUAAAUCUCCUCACUACCCAAAUGAAGAACAUCCAAGUUCUUGUUCUUUCGGAUAAUAUGUUGACAGGAACCAUUCCAGGAGAUUUCUGCAUUGGGACUUCAAGUCUCUGGCAGCUUAUUCUUGCGCGGAAUAAGCUGUCCGGGCAAUUCCCGUUGGAGCUACUGAAUUGUUCCUCCCUGCAGCAAUUAGACCUUUCUGAUAACGAUUUCGAAGGAGAAUUACCACCCGGCAUGGACAAACUGGAGACUCUCACUGAUCUCUUACUCAACAACAACAGCUUCUCCGGGAAUUUGCCUCGUGAAAUCGGGAAUCUGAGUAACCUGGUAACAUUUUUUCUGUUUGACAAUGGGAUCACAGGUGGGAUUCCAGUGGAGAUUGGGAAGCUGCAGGAGCUAAGUGUGUUGUACCUCUAUGACAACCAGUUCUCUGGAAACAUACCAAUGGAGCUAACAAACUGCUCGAGCUUGACGGAAAUCGACUUCUUCGGGAAUCACUUUACUGGCUCAAUUCCUCAAACCAUUGGGAAUCUCAAGAAUCUGGUUUUCCUCCAACUGAGGCAGAAUGAUUUAUCGGGCCCGGUCCCGCCAAGCUUGGGAUACUGCAACAAGAUUCAGAAACUGGUUUUGGCUGAUAACAAGCUCUCUGGAACAUUGCCAGCAACAUUCAGAUUCCUCUCAGAUGUUUCCCUCAUCACUCUUUACAACAACUCAUUUGAAGGUCCUCUCCCCACCUCUCUUUCCCUUCUAAAGAACCUUAGAAUCAUAAACUUUUCUCACAACAGGUUCACUGGAAGCAUUUCCCCUCUCUGUGGCUCAAGUAAUCUUAUUGUUCUAGACUUAACAAACAACAGCUUCUCAGGUCCAAUUCCAUCGAGCCUAUCCAUGUCGAAAAACCUGACCCGUCUUCGCCUUGCUGCUAAUCUUCUUUCCGAAACGAUCCCUUCCGAAUUAGGCCAACUCACAAACCUCAACUUUCUUGAUUUAUCGUUCAACAAUUUAACAGGAGAAAUCCCACCAGACCUCUCAAACUGCAGUGGGCUAAAUCACCUCCUAAUCAACAACAACCGGAUUACCGGCACAAUCCCUUCUUGGUUAGGAACAUUACAAGGAUUGGGUGAGCUAGACAUUUCAUGCAACAGUUUCCAGGGGAAAAUACCGGCACAACUUGGAAACUGCUCAAGAUUGCUUAAGCUCUCCCUCAGUGGAAACAAUCUGUUCGGCGAAAUCCCAUCUGAGAUAGGAAAUCUCACUUCUCUGAAUGUCCUUUCCCUGCAAAAGAACAAUCUUUCGGGCUCAAUUCCCUCCACUAUUCAGCAUUGUAAGAAGAUAUACGAGCUUAGGCUCGCAGAAAACUUCUUGACCGGUGCAAUACCAUCGGAGCUAGGAACUCUUACCGAACUACAAGUGAUCUUAGACCUGAGCAAAAAUCUCCUAUCGGGGAAAAUUCCUUCCUCUCUUGGAAAUCUUGUGAAGUUAGAGAGAUUGAACCUCUCUUUCAAUCAGCUGGAAGGGGACAUUCCCCCUUCACUUGGAAGGCUGACUAGCCUCCACAUGCUAAACCUGUCCAACAAUCAUUUCCAAGGCCACAUUCCUUCUACAUUCUCAGGGUUCCCACUCAGUUCCUUUCUGGGUAAUGGAAAGCUCUGCGGCGUACCAUUAACACUGUGUCUGGAGUCAAAUCCUCGGGAGAAAACACAGCUUUCCAACACUGCUGUGGCCGGGGUGGUUGUGGCCAUCGUGUUCACUUCCACGCUGAUCUGCUUGGGUUUGAUCUAUGUCAUGCUGAGAAUCUGGUGCAACUGGAAGAACGUCUCGAUUGCAAGCUCAGACACGGGUGGUGAUCACAAGAGAGAGGAGGAGAAGUGGGUAUACGGAGAAGAGGUGAUGACAAGGAAUGUGGAUUACUGGAAAGUGGAUCCCCUGGCAAUGGCUCCUAGUACACAAGAUAAGCAAAAUCCAAGAGCUACUUGCAUUUUCCAUCUCAAAGUGGAUGCAGAAACAGUGGACCAUUCUUCUUAGUAGGAGUUGGGGAAAACAUUGAUUUGAGUUUUUUUGUCUAGUAAAUUUGUUUACUACUGUACUUGUGAUUUCUGUUCUGUCAAUGUUAGAACGUGGAAGUGUAAAGAGGA